GAGUUAGUUGCCAAGCCAUAGAUUACUAGAAACAUCGCCAGGUGUUCGUUCACUUGUUCACUUGAGCUACGAAAGCCUUUGCAAGCUAUCAUGUUGGUGUGGUUGGUCUUGUUUUUCACUUUGGGCUUUUUCUGGUGUCAAAAGACUGCACCGAGACCUUACUUUGGUAUUUACAACAGACCAGGAAAAUGGUUCUAUCUCAAGGCCAUUUUCAUCUAUCUGAGCAUUCAAUGGCGAAAAUAUCAAGCCAAACAAAAAGAACGAAGUGAUGCCCGAGGAAACGAACAGGCUGGUUAUGGUGUGAGCUCUUGCAAGGAUAUCUUGAGCAUGGAGAGGGCCCAGCCGUUAUCUAACCACCCUCUGGCCAUUGAUGCGAUCUUGUUCAGUUCCAGUGGCAAAGAUGGGUCGUAUUUGGUAGCAGCACAAGCUCGCCGACAACUUCGGAUGAACAACACCAUUUUUUGCUUGCGAAUUCCAAGUGUGGGUGUCCUAGUUCAUCCCAAGCACCCAGACACCACCAUGUUUACCGAUUGUGAGAACUCUUGGCACGUCGAGGGACUUCAAAUGGAUUUAGUGGAUCCCAUGAAGAAGUGGAAGCUGUCUUACCAAGGGCCUAUGCUUCACCAAUCGAAAGGAACUACCCAUCAAGUGACGUUAAAAGCCGAGUAUACUUCCAAUUUUCCAUAUUUUGAUUUCGAUUCCGAUAUGGACCCAUGGACCAUUGCCAAGGCCAUGGCCAGGGAGCCGUGGUCAAAGGCCUACUUCGAAAACGUCCGCAAGGCCCACCAGAACCAUUACGAGCAACUGGGUGAGAUCCAUGGAAGCGUGAAAAUUGACGCCAUCGAAUAUCCUCUCAAUUUACAUGUGAUGCGAGACCAUACUCACGGAUCGAUUAGGGAUUGGAGGCUUAUGCACAGAUACGGAAUCCAAAGCUUCACCACAGAGAAUGGAUUCAGAGGGUUCUUGGGAACUGUGUGUCAACCUGGAACGUUUUCCAACCUGGAACUGGGUUACGUGAUGACAUCGGACGGCCAAUGCGCUCCAGUUGAAGAGGUAGACCUGCCUUUAUGGGCUCAUGGGGAAGGAGGACAACAUCCUGAGGACUUUGCAUUCCGGUUCAAGGCUCAAGGAAUCUGGCAUGAGAUACAAGUAAAAGUGUUGGAUUCCGUGGAAGUGUUCAUGGGUUGGGAAUGGGAGGGUCGAGUUUUGGAGCGCUUUUGUCGGUACACGGUGGAUGGCGUGCCUGGUUGGGGUGUCUCUGAAUGGCACUUUAGACACCGAGGCGGACGACCCAAAGAGUUGGCCGCCAAAGACCCAGAAUAUACCCAAAAUGUGGCCAAGUUCCCCUCAGGCGACGAAUGAAGACUGAACACUGGCUUUUAGAAAAAUGUUUAUUUCGUCAAUCAUGUCGGCUAUAAACUAGGAUGAUAUAUUGAGAGAAGAAAA